UCCUGUCGGGUUUUUAUGGACGCCCUCCCGGCUGUGCUGGGCGCCGCUGCCCUGCUGCUCCUGCUGCUCCUCACUGUGCGGCUUCUCCUAGCGAGGCGGAACAGCAGCCCCCGGACAGCUCCCCUCAGCCUCUUGGUGGUGGCCGGCUCCGGAGGACACACAACAGAAAUCCUGAGGUUACUCAGCAGUUUGUCCCAGUCAUACUCUCCUCGACAUUACAUUUUUGCAGAUUCAGAUAAGAUGAGUGAAGAUAAAAUACGUACUUUUGAACAAAAAAGAGCUGAAACUUUCUCCAAUUCCCAGUUUACCUUUAAUCGUAUUCCCAGAUGUCGGGAGGUGUACCAGUCUUGGAGCUCUUCAGUACUGACAACACUGUACUCCAUACUUUACUCCUUUCCUUUGACUUUCAGACUAAAGCCAGAUUUGGUAUGUAAAACAAGCCUUGUUAAUGGUGAAAUGCUAAUCUGUUCUAAAAGAGAGUAGCUGUUUGGGUUAUCAAACCAUUAAUGAAUAUACAAUGUGUGUACACUUAGGCUUACAGUCCUACUUGAGUAAAACUCCCAUUAAGAAAGGACCUCAGGAUCAGGCUAGAAUGGUAUGCUAGAACAAAAUCCAUGCUCCUCCUUACCAAUCCAAAAUUCUGUGUUUCUACUUAACAGUAGACUAAAUUCUUAAACAGAUGAAGCUAUGCAGUGCUUUCACUGUCUGCUAUUAAAGAUGCCUAUGAUACCAUCUACAAAGGCAACAGAAUUUUGAACUGAUGUCAGGGAAGAUAUUUCUCUGUAGUAGGAUAUCUGAGUAAUACCCUGAUUAUGCUUAAUAGAGAACCUUUGGCAUUAUAGUAAGUAGUGCAGUUGUCAAAUAUGACUGUGUGGCUUCACAGUCCGGAACUGCAUGUUGGAAAGGACACCCUGUGGAUUUCUUAGUAGCCACUAAAAAGAAGGGAAGUGUUUAAAUUUUAUCCUGGAAAAUCUACAGUUGGUCUCUGUGGCUGGGGCCCUGUAAAAUAUCUGUAGUCCGGUGGCUGUGGAAGAUAAUAAUUAUUGACUUUAGCCUGAAAUGUGGCCUAAUUACUUACUGAGUGAUGUAUGGCAAAGAAUAUUUUAUGAAAUUUGCCAAAUUUAAUUGACAUACUGUAUGUAAUUUUAUAUAUUUUAAAGUAAAGUAGAAUCUUUGUAAUUGGCACUUUCAGGUGUCAAGUAAAUGAUUGUCCCAGUUAAGUAAGUUUCUUAGCAGUAUCUCAUGCAUAUUCACUUUAAUGAAUUACUUAGUAUACUAAGCACCUAAGAAUAUAUUAAAGUAAGUUUAAAUCUCUUGUCAUCCAUAUUAAAAUAGGGAUGCAGCAGGAAACAAACAUAGUGUUGCAUAUUAGAAAUCUAGGAUACCAAUGUAUCCCUUUAGGUUUGCAAGGUAACUUGGUAACAAGGUCAUUUGUAAGGUAACUCCCUUCUCUUCAUAUGUCAGUAUAUUUAUCCCUGCAUCUGUAAUUCUCACUCCAUGCAUCUGAAGAAGUGGAGGGUUUUGCCCAUGAAAGCUUAUGCCCAAAUAAAUCUAUUA